AUGAGCGACCAGGCUGUGCACAGUAGAUCCAUGCCUGAUCAACCAAACCGCGAAGUUGAUAACGAGACUAAUCGCGAAACUAACCCUGAUGCGAAUGCUUUGCAUGGUCCAUUCCAAGCCGAGCAAUAUCAAGCUGGUCCGUACUUUGGGCAAGGUGGUGGCGCAGGCACACCCAUGUUCGGUCCUAGUGACAGCAGAAGCCAGCCCGCAUACUACACAGAUACUAGAAAUUCUAUAUUGCCCAGCGUCCAUAAUGCAUAUACGCAGGAGCAAGAUUUAUUUCGGGGAAGCAAUGGAAUGCUCUCCAUGUCUGUCCCAAAGCCCUUUUCACCGAACACACACUAUGGGCUCCCAUAUUCUAUUUCGAACCAAAACACAUUGGCACACUCACCUGGGCUGAAUCCCAACAUACCACCUGGUUUUGCCCAGUACUUGCCACACAUGAACCCAGGAUAUUCAGAUCCCACAAACCAACCACCCUUAGGCAAACCGUGGUCUCAGUCGGCGCCACUGCUCUCCCAGUCGUCUGUCCCAUUCUGGGGCUACCAAUUCCAAAACUUCGGGCAAGUGAGCGCAUACCUGAACGAAGUAUCCUGGUUCACAUCCAUGGGCUGCUACGGCUUCCCACAAACAAGCGACCAAUACAAAUUCUACCUCGAAAAGAUCUGUAUCGCACUCCGCAACAUCUCCAAAGUCUGGGACAUACAAAGUGCACCUUGGCAAUUCAGCAAAUUCAUGCCAAAAGGGGAAUGGACAGACCCCCGCGAUAUCGAAGCCAUAGCCCACGUCGUUAUGUACACGGCAAUGCGCAUACACAUCUCGGGCGUGACCGACUUCGCCCACAGGCGCUCCAUCGACUUCACAUCGCUCAACAUCGAAGACGUAGACUUCACAUUCCCCCAACGCAUCCACUUCGUCGCGUGUCUGCUCAACCACUCCAAAGUCAUUGCAGCAGAAGUUAUGGCGCGAUUGAAUAUCGAAAAGUACGUAGCGCUACCCAUCACAUGUCUGCGCUCAUUCCAAUACUUCGACGACAAGUGGCUGCGGGCUUCGGCGGACGAAAAGAGGACCUGGACAGAAGUCAAACCGUACUUGGGAUCGGGGUUCACGCAUCCAUCGCCAGAGACGCGAGAGAAGUUAAUAGCCACUUCGCUGGCACGGUAUCAGCAGAUAUUUGCUGCGAGGCAGACGCGCGAGGCGGGUGCUGCUGCUGACCUGAUGAUUGCGAAUCAAAAGAUAGUACAGCUACCUGCACAGCAGGAUGUAGGUGGGUCGCGUAGGUAUUCGACGGCUGCGAGUCCGGAGGCUCAGCGUAGUCCUUGUGCCCCUGGGGUGGGCGGUCAUACACACAGACAACCGUCUAUCCAUCUUGCGCUGUCGGAGAGUAACGAGCAUUUGCAGGAUGUUGCGAGAUAUCGUGCCCAGAGCUUUGGUGAUGGAGGCCUCAGCUCACCGGAUUUACCAGACAUGCAAUAA